UAAAAAAAAAACACAAAUUAAACAAAAUAAAAAAGAAAUCUCUAUCUUCUUCUCCUCUCAUCCUCUCUCUCAGGACCUCCUCCAAUGGCGAGAGUUCUGGUCUCGUCUCCAUCUUCGUUCUUCGGCUCGCCUCUGACCAAACCGUCGUCGUCUUCCCGCCACGGUGGUAGCGUUCAGUUUCUACCGUACCGGAGUAAUAAUAAGCUCUUCAGUAACUCGACUACUGUACGGUUCAGCUUGAACGAGAUUCCUCCUCUCCAUGGCUUAGACUCAUCGGUUGACAUCGGGGCGAUUUUCACCAGAGCGGAGUCUCUCUUCUACACCAUAGCCGACGCCGCCGUCGUUGGCGCUGAUUCAGCUGCCGCACCAGCUGAUUCCGCCGUGCAGAAGAGUGGUGGUUGGUUCGGUUUCAUCUCCGAUGGCAUGGAAUUGGUGCUUAAGUUUUUGAAAGAUGGACUUACGGCAGUUCAUGUGCCUUACGCUUAUGGGUUUGCGAUUAUCUUGCUUACGAUUAUCGUCAAAGCAGCGACCUACCCUUUGACAAAGCAACAGGUUGAAUCAACGCUUGCUAUGCAAAAUCUUCAACCAAAAAUUAAAGCCAUUCAACAACGUUACGCAGGAAAUCAGGAGAGAAUACAACUAGAGACGUCACGCUUGUAUAAACAAGCUGGUGUAAAUCCAUUGGCAGGUUGCUUACCAACUUUAGCCACUAUACCAGUUUGGAUUGGUUUAUACCAAGCUCUCUCCAACGUGGCCAACGAGGGGCUUUUUACAGAAGGUUUCUUUUGGAUUCCUUCUCUUGGUGGACCAACAAGUAUAGCUGCUCGGCAGAGUGGAUCCGGCGUAUCUUGGCUUUUCCCAUUUGUGGACGGGCAUCCACCAUUGGGCUGGUCUGACACCGCUGCGUAUCUUGUUUUACCUGUUCUCCUUAUCGUCUCUCAGUAUGUGUCAAUGGAGAUUAUGAAGCCUCCUCAAACAGACGAUCCUGCACAGAAGAACACACUUCUUGUUUUCAAGUUUCUUCCACUCAUGAUCGGCUACUUUGCAUUGUCUGUCCCAUCAGGAUUAUCUAUCUACUGGUUCACAAAUAAUGUACUUAGUACCGCACAACAAGUAUGGCUCCGUAAACUAGGCGGUGCAGCGCCUGCAGUAAAUGAAAACGCAAGCGGAAUAAUAACAGCAGGACGUGCAAAGAGAUCUAUUGCUCAGCCUUACGAUGCUGGUGAAAGAUUUAGACAGUUAAGAGAGCAAGAGAACCGCAACAAGAAGAACAAGGCGGUCGCGAAAGAUUCAGCUGAACCGCUAGAAUCUGUGUCUGAAUCAGAGGAAGGGUCUGAUGAUGAGGAAGAAGAGGUUCGUGAAGGAGCGUUAGCUUCAAGCACAAGCAAACCAAUUCCUGAAGUUGGCCAACGAAGAAGCAAAAGAUCUAAGAGGAAACGCACUGUAUAGAACCAAACAAACAAAAAUUGCGAAGGAGGAGAAAGAGAAAGAGAGAGUGAAUCGUGUCAUCUUUAGUUUGAUCUUGAUAUAUUUUGCAUAUACCAAGUGCCGGAAUAUCUAAAACGUUUAUAAAAUUAGGGCAAAAAGAAGGUCAUUCUAAACUUAAAAACUGCAGUAGUUGAUGAAAGUAAAUUGAUGUAUUUUUAUGUGAUUCAUCUUAGCGUAAAUGUCUGUCCUAUCACUUUCAAAUCUGCACUUAAAUUUUGUUAACACUUCUUCGUUGUAAACUUGUAAUUUCUAUUU